UCCGGGCAGUCUCAGGCUUUUUGUGCGCGCUGUUUGUUUUGGUGUCGCCGCGACGCAAAGCCGAGACAGUUCCUCCGGUCACCGAGCCGCUGCUCCUGAUCCCCGCCGUGCAGCUGGCCGAGAAAAUCCGCCGCAAACAGGGAACUCAGGGCACAAGGCAGGAGACAAAGAGGCAUGUCUUUGGACUGGGAAGGAAACCGGAGUACCCAGAGGAAACCCCCAAAGCACAAGGAGAACAUGCAAACUCCGUGCACACACAGGGCAGAGGCGGGAUUCGAACCCCCAACCCCGCAGGUGUCGAGUGUAGACGUGGUUCAGGCCUACAUAGACAGGAUCCAGCAGGUGAACCCGCUCCUGAAUGCUGUGGUUAAGGACAGAUUUUCGGCAGCUUUGGCAGAAGCAGCUCAGGCGGACAGGCUGAUCGAGGAGGAGACCGGGGGAGAGGAGGCUCUCGCAGACCGACUUCCUCUGCUGGGAGUCCCUUUAUCUGUCAAAGAGUCUUUUUUCUUACAGGGUAUGCCCUGCUCCAUAGGCCUGGUCUGCCGGGCUGGUUUUGUUGCCAGUACAGACGCCCCUGUGGUGGCCCUGCUGAAGAGAGCUGGAGCCAUUCCUCUAGGAGUGACCAACACCAGCGAGCUGUGCAUGUGGCUGGAGUCUAACAAUCACCUGUACGGCAUCACCAAUAACCCCUAUGACACGACCAGGAUAUGUGGAGGAAGCUCAGGUGGAGAGGGCAGUAUUCUGGCCAGCGGGGGCUCCUUGAUCGGGGUUGGUUCGGAUAUUGGAGGCAGCAUUCGAAUGCCGUGUUUCUUUAACGGCAUAUUUGGACACAAAGGGACUCCAGGAAUAGUCUGUAAUGAAGGCCAACUCCCUCCUACGUCUGGACUUCAGGAGGACAUUUUGAGUACAGGUCCAAUGUGUCGCUAUGCUGAAGACCUGUUGCCUAUGCUGAAGAUAAUGGCUGGAGCAAAUGCAGACAAACUAUCACUGUCCUCGGAGGUGGACCUGAAGAAGCUUCGUUUCUUCUCAGUGGCAGAUGAUGGUGGAUCUCUGUGGACAUCCCCUGUGGACAAACAGCUGGUUGAAGCACAGAGAAAGGUGAUUCAGCGAAUAGAGGCAGAUUUGGGAGUCAAAGUUAAGGAAAUGAGCUUUCCACAGCUGAAGUACUCAAGCCAGAUCUGGGAAACGUGCAUGGAUCUGCCAGAUAAAGAUGGAAAGCCACCACAGCCUUUUGCAGAGCUGAUGGCAGAUGGAGGCUCGACCGUGUGGCCGGUGUGGGAACUGAUCAAGCGGAUUUUUGGGAAAUCUGACCACACACUAGCUUCCAUAGGUCUGGCUCUUAAGGGUAGCAAAUCAUCACCGUACUACCUCAAGAUGAAGGAGGCACUACAGCGUGACAUGGACAAGGUGUUGGGGACAGACGGCGUGCUGUUGUACCCCUCUCAUCCUCUGCUGGCCCCCAAACACCAUCAUCCAUUAUUCACAGUAUAUAACUUCUCCUACACAGGGAUCUUCAAUGCACUGGCCCUACCUGUUACCCAGUGUCCUUUGGGGCUGAGUGAGGAGGGUUUGCCCCUCGGUGUGCAGGUGGUGGGAGGGAAGCUGCAGGACCGUCUAACACUAGCUGUGGCUCUGUAUCUGGAGAAAGCUUUCGGAGGCUGGAGAAACCCAGGAACCACCUGAGGAACUGGACCACAUGGAGCUGGUGGACCCAUGCUACCUUCACUAACAAUGAUUAAUAAAUAUAUUACAAAUCUAA